CAAGCGGGGCGGGCCCAGGGUACAGCCCACCCGCCCGCCGAUAGCCGGAGCUGUCCCGCCGCCCGCUGGCCUGAGACCCACAGUGCCGGCGACCGGCAGCAUUCGGGUUUGGCGCGCUCGGGUGGCGUCGGCGCGCGGCGGAACGUGCCCAGGGACCCGGGUUCCCGCGAGCAGAUCUCUGAUAAUGAACCCGACUGAACCCUCAAAACGUUGAGAAAUUUCCAUUAAAGUAAAGCAUUGAAGAGAAAGUAUUGAGUGAAGAGAAAUUGAAGGGGAACAUUUCGUUCCAAAAUCACAUCAUUCCAGAAUUCUGGGGAAGCGUUGCGGCUUGAGGACAUGAGCGGAGAUUAAGCUCAAAACCACUGCUCAGCUCCCAAGAUGGUGCCACCCAAAUUGCAUGCGCUUUUCUGCCUCUGCAGCUGCCUUGCGCUGGUUCAUCCUUUUGACUGGCAAGACCUAAAUCCUGUUGCCCAGAUUAAGUCAUCAGCAUGGAUCAAUAAAAUACAAGCCCUGAUGGCUGCAGCAGGCUUUGGCCAAACUAAAAUCCCCAGAGGAAAUGGACCUUAUUCUGUUGGUUGUACAGACUUGAUGUUCAAUCACACUAAAGAGGGCACCUUCUUGCGGUUGUAUUAUCCAUCUCAAGAUGAUGAUCGCCUUAACACCCUGUGGAUCCCAAACACAGAAUAUUUUUUUGGUCUUAGUAAAUUUCUUGGAACACAUUGGCUUAUGGGAAAAAUUUUGAGCUUAUUAUUUGGUUCAAUGACAACCCCUGCAAGCUGGAAUUCCCCUCUGAGGACUGGUGAAAAAUAUCCACUAAUUGUUUUUUCUCAUGGUCUUGGAGCAUUCAGGACAAUUUAUUCUGCUAUUGGCAUUGACCUGGCAUCUCAUGGAUUUAUAGUUGCUGCUGUAGAACACAGAAAUGGAUCAGCAUCUGCAACUUACUAUUUCAAGGACCAGUCUGCUGCAGAAAUAGGAAACAAGUCUUGGCUCUACUUUAGAACCCUAAAAUCAGGUGACGAUGUGAAAUCUGAACGAAAUAAACAGUUACGUCACAGAGCAAAGGAAUGUUCCCAAGCUCUCGAUUUGAUUCUUGACAUUGAUCAUGGAAAGCCAGUGAAGAAUGUAUUAGAUUUAGAGUUUGAUGUGGGACAACUGAAGGACUCUAUUGAUAGGAAAAAAGUAGCAAUAAUUGGACAUUCUUUUGGUGGAGCAACAGUUAUUCAAACUCUUAGUGAAGACCAGAGAUUCAGGUGUGGUAUUGCCCUGGACCCAUGGAUGCUUCCAGUGGGUGAUGAGGUGUAUUCCCGAAUUCCUCAGCCUCUCUUUUUUAUCAACUCUGAACGGUUCCAAUAUUUAGAUAAUAUCAAAAAAAUGAAACAAUGCUACUUGCCAGAUAAAGAAAGAAAAAUGAUUACUAUCAGGGGUUCAGUCCAUCAGAAUUUUGCUGACUUCACUUUUGCAACUGGCAAAAUAUUUGGACACAUACUCGCAUUAAAAGGAGAUAUAGAUUCAAAUGUAGCUAUUGAUCUUAGCAACAAAGCUUCAUUAGCAUUCUUACAAAAGCAUUUAGGACUUCAUAAAGAUUUUGAUAAGUGGGACUAUCUGGUUGAAGGAGAGGAUAAGAAUCUUAUUCCAGGGAGCAAUAUUAACACGACCGACCAACAUGCCGCUCUGCAGAACUCUACAGGAAUACAGAAACAGAAUUAGGAUUAAAAGAGCUUUUUAAAAAGUCUUGGUUCAAAACUGUCUAACAUUGUGCGUGUGUGUGUGAGAGAGAUUUUAAUGUAUUUUCCCAAAGCACUCAUAUUUUAAAAUGUAGGCUAUACUAUAAUAGUGAGUGAGGCUUGAACUAAGAUUUUUUCAUUUAAAUAUGAAGAAUGCAGAAUACAAAAAUCA